UGCCUGUACAUUGCCCCGGCCAGUGUUGUUUUGCCCAGGAUGUCUUCGAAGGCUCACAGUUCCAACAACAUCGCCCAUGCCCGGCGGACGGUGCAGCAACUGAGAAUAGAGGCGAGCAUUGAGAGGAUAAAGGUAUCCAAGGCCUCUGCAGACCUUAUGAAUUACUGCAGUGAACAUGCCAGAAACGACCCUCUCCUUAUGGGCAUCCCCGCCUCAGACAAUCCCUUCAAGGACAAAAAACCCUGCACUAUAUUGUAGUGGAUGCCACUUAGCCUUUACCUGUUUUUUUUUUUUUUGUUUUGUUUUGUUUUGGGUUUUUUUUGCUUAUUAAUGUUGCUGUAUUCUUUUUGUUGGGAGGAGUGAGGGGUGGACUGUGAUCAUAUUGUUACCAUGUGUUCACCUGAUCUGCUAAGAAAUCAGCAAUUCAACCAAUUCAAAACAGUAACGAGCGAAAAAGGCCCCACUAGUGCCGCUAUUCAGUUUGAGCUCUGACCACUAACAAGACUUUGGCUGCAUGAGAUGGCAUCAGGUACAUCAUUGCAUCAAUAAUAAUGAACAGCAGAGAUGAUUUUCUGAGUAUUAUAACAUCAUUGGGUGGAUUUGGUCCCUCCCACUAUGUGUAAACAGUCUCAUCUCCAUUGAGCAGAGACUGUUACUGUCGCUCUGGUUUGCCUUGAUUCAUACAGCCAAAGUUUCCCUUCAGUCUUUUAAAAGCAUAUUAUUUUUUAGAUGGAUAAUAUUGGCUUUUAGUAUGUAGCUUCAGACGUUCCACCAGUAUUUUACAGAGUUUGUGCAGUUUCGAUCACUGUGGUCAGUGGUCAGGGUUUACAUCGAGCCUCUACUCAAAUGUUACCAUGAUGUAUCUUUGACUGGGAACAGUAACGUCACCAUAUCUGGUGUGAAAUUCAGAUACUCAAAGUAUUCCGCUACCCAGCUCUGACUGAUCCACGACAAUCUACAUGCUGUUUAAUGCAUUGUUUUCCUGUCUGGUAAUAGCAAUGUGAUAGCAACCCAGUCGCCAGAGUAAAUGUUGGCAUUGUACGCAAACCACAGAUAUCUGUAUGUUUCAUGUGUAGUGGAUAACUUGAAACUUUAUGUUUCAAUUUUAGGUUGCUGGAAUGCUGUAGUUAACCUGUGGUUAUUCAGGCUUAAAAAAAAUUACUUAUAAUUAGGGCAACAUCAUGAUUGGGCAUAAAAUACCAGGCUUGGUUGCCACAAACAUGGCUGGAGAUGACCCAAUGUUGAAUUGUUGAAAAACAACAGGUUUUGUCACUGCAAACACAGCUAGAAGUGUCCCAAACUGUUGUUAAAAAAUUACCUGGUAUUGUCCUUACUGAUGUGGCUGGAAAUGUUCCAACCUCUCGUUAAGAAAAUACCUGUUUUUUCCGCUACAAAUGUGGCCGUAAAUGUCCCAGACUGUUGCUAAAAAAAAUACCCACUAUUGUCACCCAAAACAUGGCUGAAAAUGUCCUGACCACUUGUUUAAAAAAAACACCCAAUUUUGUCGCUACAAACACAUGGCUGACAAUGUCUAGAGGUCUCGUCAAAAAAUACUCAAUUUUGUCGCUCCUAACGUGUCUGGAAAUGUCCCAACCUCUUGUUCAAAAAAAUAACAGGUUUUGUCACUACAAACGUGGCUGGAAAUGUCCUGACCUCUUCUUAAAAAUUACCAGAUUUUGUUGUUACAAAGACAGCUAGAAAUGUCCGUUGUUAAAAAAUACCUGGAUUUGUCACUGCUAACGAGGCUGGAAAUGUCCCGACCUCUUGUUAAAAAAAUACCAGAUUUUGUCGCUACAAACACAGCUAGAAAUGUCCACGUCUGUUGUUAAAAACAUACCUCGAUUUGUCGCUACUAACGUGUCUGGAAAUGCCCUGACCUCUUGUUAAAAAGUAUCAGGUUUUGUCACUACAAACGUGGUUGUAGAUGUCCAGACCUCUCAUCAAAAAAUACAUGAUUUUGUCACGACAAACACAGCUGAAAAUGUCUCCUGUUAACUCCUGUUAAAAAAUACCAAGUUUCAUUGCUACAAACGUGGCUGGAAAUGUCUUGAACUCUCAUUAAAAAAUGCCAGCUUUUGUUUCGUUUUGAACAGCAGUCUUCUGUCUGCUGUUUGGCCCGGUUGGAGUUGGCAGCCAUCUCAUGUAGGUGUCACACCAUCUGCCUUCCCCUCCUCCUCCUGAACGUAGCCUAUUUCAUAUACAUAUCAUCUGAGCUAUGUCACUUUAGAAAUGUUGAUACAUAGGAAAUGAAACGUACCUGUGGUUUGCAGAAACAUACGACACCAACAUUUUCUCAGGGCGACUGGGCUGAUUAACGUGAUACAGUGUUGUCUUUAGCGGAUUUAAUGAACCAUCAUGUGGAGAUAAAAUCCAUAUAAACAUCUUUAAUCUAAGGUCAUCUAUGCUCAGAUUCAAGCCAUUGGGAUAAUGCGACCCCGCUGCUGUGAUGCUUUUGGAAAUUUUACAGCCGUACAUGUAAAAUACAGAAUGAAUGAAAAUGCUUAAUCACAUAAUGCAGUGCAGUUUUUGUUUUUUUUUUUGUUUGUUUUUUUUUGGAAAGUGUGACAUUGUAUGCAGGGUGACACUGUGUAAUGAAGUCCCUGGGACCAAGCCAAACCAAUGAUACUGCAUUUUAAAAACAUCUAAAUAUGCGUCUGAAUGAGACGAUUCGUAGCCAUUCCUUCUGAAAACUUUCUGUGGUACGAUAUUUUUAGGACGCUGACGGCACGAAGCACGUCAGUGAGUGUAACGCAACACUGUGAGCCACGCCUGCUUGCUCAGCACAAGUGUCUUAGUCGAGCGAAUGUGCACAUCGUUGUCUUAAAGUGUUUUCGGCACAAGUGUUGUAGGUACAGGUGCAAAUGGUGGUGUGCAUUGAUGAUGAAAACCACUCUCUCAAGACUGCUCUCAAAUUUUUCAUGUGUUUGGAUUUAAACUAUAACGUUUGUGUCGGUGGGGGUCUUCAGUCUUCUGUCUAACAUGUCCUUCAUGUUGUGAUUCUCUGGGGGAACAGCUAUGAUUAAUGUAACAAAAAACAGAAUAGAAAGCAUAAAUUAAGAUUUUCUUACACUCUAAAGCCUUACAUGUUUGCCUUGUAUCAUGAAGAAUACUCUAACUGGGAGUUUGAUCUUAAAAAAAAAAAAAGAUGUUUCUAUCAAAUGUUUUUAUCUGUGGGAUGAAAGUGAUUUGUAUCAAUAUUGUGCCAUCUGUUUCUGUCCACACGUCACCUGUUAAACAUGUUAAGUCGUGUUUCGCUCACCUGGUGCUCCGCUUUUCAGCAGUUUUUUCGGUAUUGUUGCCUUCUCCAAAGGGUACUUUCAGGUCUUCAGAUGAGCAAGAUCUGGUGUUAUUAUCCAGUUGUAUUUUUUAUGAUUGUCUCUAACAGUUCUUCUUACUUGCAAUAAAUCAUUGCUGUAUGCCUCUUAAGGAAAAGUUCAGAUUAUCACUGCCAUGUUAUGAUUUCUGUCCAUUCUGCAACUCCGUAACGGCCUUAUUGUACCAUUGAUAGAUUAAUUUAACUGUCAAAAUCUGCAUUUUGAUAAAUGUCUUUAUUAAUAUACCAACCUUUGUAUGGAGACUUAACUGAGAUUAAUAAAGUGAAGCAUUCCUACAGUACAGUACUGUACUAAUAUCUCAAUAAAGAUGUGUUGUGCUGCACAGUCAGAA